GAAGCCCCAAGAUCUGAGGCAUGUGCCGUGCAGACCCCAUGGGCCACGCCUGCCUGGUGUCCCCCGGGCCCCCGGCAGAGAGAAGCUGGCGGACGCAGAUGGUGGUGGGUGUGGAAGAGGCCAAAGAGGUGCUGCAGAGGGAGGCUCCGAUCCUGGGGAGGGCGAGGCCCCAGGCCCCCGAGCUGGGCUCUGAUGGGGAAACCGAGCAGAGGCCGCGAACCGGCCGCCAGGCUGAGUCCUCCCCAGCGAGGCGAGGGCCGAGGGUGCCCAAGUGCAGGCCUGGACGCCGGCCCCCGGCCCCUGGGCCCCUGCCGCAGACUCGACCCCACAUUCCACGCACGCCUGCCGCUUUAAGCCGCCUGGCCGUCCCCUGCAAACUGCUCAUUCCACAUUCUCGGGGUGGCGGGGUGGGUGGGGUGCCGGCACGCCCUCCCAGGAGGCCUAUAAGGCAGAGGGCGGCCCUGGAGGGGACUGGGGCCUCGCCACCCGCCGUCCUCAUGGCUCCGCUGCUCUUGGGGCUCCUGGGGCUCCUGGGGCUCUGGGGGCUGCUCUGCACCUUCGCCCGCACCCCCUCCCGGGCCCCUCGCUGGCCCCGGCCGCGCCCACUGCCGCUCAUCGGGAACUUGCAUUUGCUGCGGGUGUCACAGCAGGACCGGUCAUUCAUGGAGCUUGCCAAACAGUACGGGCCAGUGUUCACUGUCCACUUGGGGCACCAGAAGAUGGUGGUGCUGACCGGCUACGAGGCGGUGAGGGAGGCCCUGGUGGGCACCAGGCAGGAGCUGGCCGGCCGGCCCCCCAUCGCCAUCUUCCAGCUCAUCCAGGGAGGCGGCGGCAUCUUCUUCUCGUCAGGGCCGCGCUGGAGGGCCGCCCGCCAGCUCACCGUGCGCGUCCUGCACAGCCUGGGCGUCGGGAGGGCGCCUGUGGCCGACAAGGUCCUGCAGGAGCUGCGGUGCCUGACGGGGCAGCUGGACAGCUACGGAGGCCGGCCCUUCCCGCUGGCGCUGCUCGGCUGGGCUCCCUCCAACAUCCUCUUCGCGCUCCUCUUCGGCCAGCGGUUUGACUACCGGGACCCCGUGUUCGUGUCCCUGCUGGGCCUCAUCGAUGAGGUCAUGGUCCUCCUGGGGACACCCAGCAUACAGCUGUUCAACAUCUGCCCCUGGCUCGGGGCCCUCCUCCAGCUGCACCGGCCCGUCUUGCGCAAGAUCGAGCAGGUGCGGUCCCUUCUGCAGACCCUCCUGGAGGCGCGGCGGCCCCACCCGCCCAGCCAAGGACGUGUGCAGAGCUACCUGGACGCCCUGAUCCAGCAGGGCCAGGGGAAAGAUCCCGAGGGCCUGUUUGCCGAGGACAACGUGGUGGCCUGCACCCUGGACAUGGUCAUGGCUGGCACGGAGACCACCGCCGCCACGCUGCAGUGGGCCGCCCUCCUGAUGAGCAAGCACCCGAGUGUGCAGGGCCGGGUGCAGGAGGAGCUGGACCGCGUGCUGGGGCCCGGGCGGCCCCCCCGGCUGGAGGACCAGCGCUCCCUGCCCUACACCAACGCCGUGCUGCACGAGGUCCAGCGCUACAUCACGCUGCUGCCCCACAUGCCCCGGUGCACGGCCACCGACACCCGGCUGUGCGGCUACCUGCUCCCCAAGGGCACGCCGGUGGUGCCCCUGCUGAGCUCCGUGCUCCUGGAUGAGACGCAGUGGGAGACGCCGCGCCAGUUCAACCCCGACCACUUCCUGGCCGCCGAUGGGUGCUUCGUGAAGCGGGCGGCCUUCCUGCCUUUCUCUGCAGGCCGCCGCGUCUGUGUGGGGGAGAGCCUGGCAAGGUCCGAGCUCUUCCUGCUGUUUGCGGGCCUCCUGCAGAGAUACCGCCUGCUGCCCCCGCCCGGGCUCAGCCCCGCCACCCUGGACACCACGCCCACCCCGGCCUUCACCAUGCGGCCACCAGCCCAGGCCCUGUGCGCCGUGCCCAGGCUGCAGGGGCACUGACUGUGGGAGGUCCUGGCUUGGGAUGGUGGAGGGUGAUGCGGGGGGCUCUGUGGGUGAUGGGGACCACGUGGCAGGCCGCCCCCCAACCCAAGCCAGGCUCUCAGCCAGCGAGGGCUGUGUAUCCUAGACCUGGCAGCCACGUCUGGGCACCAAGGGGGACAGGGGUGCCCCACCCCUGCCCUAAGACCCCGCCCAAGCCUCGUCCUCUUCCCCGCCCCCCCCCCCCGCCAGCCCAGACCCUGGGGCGUGACUGCUGCUUGUCUGCAGCCAGAUGCCCCGGCGGAGCCUCCACGCACCCCCUCCUCACACCCCCACAAGCCUCCCCUGGGCUUUCCCUGCUGCUCUCUCCCCCAUGCCUCCCCCACUGUCCCCAUCUGGUUCCUCAGCAGGCCCAGUGUCACCAGGCACCACCCACCUGCAGUCUAGGGCUGUAGGGAGAUGGCAGUGGGCUGCUGGGCCGCCCAGAGGCAGUCUUGGCACCGCAGGCCCCGCGGGCCCCGCUCACUGCACUGAGCUGGGCCCUGGCUCCACUGCAGCUCCACCCAGGUCCUGCAAACGCCACCCAGGUCUUAGAGCUCCCUGGCACCGUGCCAGGUGGCACUCGGCCCGUGGAGCCAGGACCCUGAGCCCUGGGGCUACCUUAGUGGGAGACAGGCCAGUCAGAGGACAGCCACCAGCCGGGGUGACGGUGAGAAGGGGCAGUGGGGGUUUGCAGGCAGGCCACCCCCAAGAGCCUCUCCUCUGGGCCAUUCCCACCGCUCACCUCCUCGUCUGCCCCGGACCUUUCCCGUGGCCAGAGCCUUGGCUUUUCACGGGCUGGAACCAGCUCUUCCUCUCUCGGGGGACAAGCACCCUCAGGGGCCAGCUGGCGAUGGUGGACACUGGGGCCCAGGACCGGGCUGGUUAGCGACGCUGGCGGAUUCUGCACAAACAGCUAAGGCCUCGCCAACACCUCUGUGGAGCUGGAUGCAGGCAAGCCAGGCGUGGCUCCUGCCCUCCCAGAGCCCGGCUGGCAGACCGGACUGGAGGGGGCACAGGGCUGGGGGUGUGCAGAAGCCGCCCCCACUCCAGCUGGGGGUCAGAGGCCCUUCCUGGAGAGCAUCAGAUUAGCAGGAAUUAAAAAGCCUGACCGCGCUGUGCUGUCCAUGUGGGGACGCUCGCCUGGGGGGGCGAACUGGUGAGUGAGCAGGGUGGGGGUGAGGGGUGGAGGGGCCUGCGGCCCAAGGGUUCAGUGCCAGGCACCCUGUGACGGGGAGCGUGUUCCCCCAGCCUCUGAGCCGUUUCCAGAGGUCCUAGUGGAAGGACCUAGGGCUGCAAGGUCAGCACAUGACGCUCCAACGCCCCCCGGGGGGGCGGGGGUGGGAAGCUCCCUAAAACCAAGGGCAGGGCCGCGUCACAGGCACGGGUGCUUCCGGAUGUGCUGGCGACAUGUCCAGAAAGGGGCCUGGACGGGGAGGGCGGCCUGGGGGAGGUGGAGCCGGACACCUUCCUGGAGGCAGCGCUGGGCUCGUGUGGGUAAGUGGGCUCCCUGGACG